CGGUUGGUCUGCGCGUACCUGACCUGCUUUGCUGCGCUGCGCAUUGAUGCCACUGUGCGCUCGCCCGUAUUCACCAGGGAACUGUGCGAUUGAUUGAGCGCACCCUUCACGCGCGCAUCUUCUCUGGUGGACUCUCGAGCCAGACGCGCUUCGCAUUCUUCAAUUUUGACAUGUCGCGGACCGCCACCACGCCCACUCGCUCCACUUGACCGCCGCACCCCCGUUUUGGAAGCCACCAUGGCCGAGUCGAAUCUUGAGCUGCAGGCAAGGCUGCAGGAGCUGGACCAUGAGCUGGAGGAGGGCGACAUCACAAAGAAAGGUUAUGAGAAACGUCGAACCGUAUUACUAUCACAGUACCUAGGACCUGAAUAUGCAGCCCAAUUGCAAAAUGAGCUACGGCAGCAGACUUCAGUCCACAGCGAGGGCUCUGGCUCACGCACCGCAUCACUGGCCGCGCUGUCUGGCCCGCAGCAGCCACCGCAGGUCGGGGUCGCGCGACCAGACUCGUACAUGGAGAGCUCAGCUCCGAGUACUAUGGCUACCUCGCAUCACCCUAGCUCGUCUACAAGUAGUGCAGGAGCUUCGCAAUACAAGGCUUUUCCGCCCAGCCAAGUAGGGCGCUUUCAAGAGAAGCAGUUGGGAAUACGGACCAAUUCGCUCCAACGGAACUCCUCACAGCUCUCUCAGGGUAGCGAGACGUUCAUACCGCGGCCACAGACACCCGAAUACAGUUAUUCGCGAGAAGGGACAAUGAUGGGCAACUACGCCUUCAACCCGGACACUCAGCAGGGCUUUGACGGACAAGCAUCGCCAGGGGGAGGGGACAUUAGCCGGCGGAGCACGAUGCUGGAUGUCAAUCAGGGCUACUUCUCUGAUUUCACGGGGCAACAAAUGCACGACCAUCGGGAUUCGUACGGCGGCCCAAACCGAUACUCGACUGGCGAUGCCUUCUCUCCCACCGCUGCGAUACCGCCUCCCAUGAUGAAUCCCAAUGAUCUGCCCGCAGGUGUUGUCGACACGAUGCUGCCACUAGAGCCACGAGACCUCCCCUUUGACGUAUACGAUCCACACAAUGCGAACAUCAGAAUGUCCAAGUUCGACAAUAUCGGCGCUGUGCUGCGCCAUCGCGGCCGCACCCAGCCACGGAGUACUGCUUUCUGGGUACUGGACGCGAAGGGGAAAGAGACGGCAUCAAUAACGUGGGAAAAGGUUGCAAGCCGUGCCGAAAAGGUCGCAAAAGUCAUCAGGGAUAAAAGUAACCUUUACCGGGGCGAUCGCGUAGCAUUGGUAUACAGGGACACAGAAAUCAUCGAGUUCGUCGUGGCGCUGAUGGGCUGCUUCAUCGCGGGCGUUGUUGCAGUUCCAAUCAAUAGCGUGGACGACUAUCAAAAACUCAUUCUCCUUUUGACCACCACCCAAGCCCAUCUCGCCCUAACUACGGAUAACAAUUUGAAGGCAUUCCAUCGUGACAUCAGCCAGAAUCGUCUGAAAUGGCCCAGUGGAGUCGAAUGGUGGAAGACCAACGAGUUUGGAAGCUAUCACCCGAAGAAACAUGACGAUACUCCAGCUCUACAGGUCCCGGAAGUGGCUUACAUCGAGUUCUCGCGCGCCCCAACUGGCGACCUGCGGGGUGUAGUACUCAGCCAUCGAACAAUUAUGCAUCAAAUGGCCUGCAUCAGCGCCAUGGUCAGUACAAUUCCAGACGGACGCGAUAAAACAGACACGCUUCCCGCCCACCUACGAGACGCAACUGGCAAAUUCCUCGCACCAGCGCCACGAAAACUCCCUACCGAGACUAUUCUCAGCUAUCUCGAUCCCCGUGAAAGCGCCGGUCUCAUUCUCAGUGUUUUGUUUGCAGUGUAUGGUGGACACACUACAGUCUGGCUAGAAUCGCCGACCAUGGAGACUCCUGGGCUUUACGCACAUCUCAUAACCAAGCACAAGGCCAACAUACUAGUAGCCGACUAUCCGGGACUUAAACGCGCUGCCUACAACUACCAACAAGACCCUAUGGCUACAAGAAAUUUUAAGAAGAACGCAGAGCCGAAUUUCGGGUCUGUGGAAAUCUGUCUCAUCGACACGCUGACUGUCGACUGUGACUUCCACGAGAUUCUUGGAGAUAGGUGGUUCAGACCGAUGAGGAACCCACGGGCGCGGGAGCUAAUUGCACCCAUGUUAUGCUUACCUGAACAUGGCGGCAUGAUCAUCUCGGUUCGCGACUGGCUCGGUGGCGAAGAGCGUAUGGGCUGUCCCUUGAGCAUAGUGCAAGAAGAAUCGGACGAUGAGGGUCUGCCUGAGGGCACGAGUGCGCCCAACGGAUAUUCGAGUCUCAUUGGCGGGGGCACCACGAACAAUGCCAAAGAGAAGAAACAGAAGAAGCACGCUGAAUUGACUGAGAUUCUUCUUGACAAAGAGGCACUGAAGAUGAACGAUGUUGUGGUACUAGCAAUUGGAGAAGAGGCAAGCAAGCGUGCGAAUGAGCCCGGUACUAUGAGAGUUGGCGCUUUUGGAUAUCCUAUACCAGAUGCCACGCUUGCUGUUGUAGACCCGGAGACAAACUUGCUCUGUUCUCCAUACUCUAUUGGCGAGAUCUGGGUUGAUUCACCUUCGCUGUCUGGUGGGUUUUGGCAACUUCAGAAACAUACCGAGACCAUAUUUCAUGCUCGGCCAUACCGCUUCGUUGAAGGAAGUCCGACGCCCCAGUUGCUCGAACUUGAAUUCCUCCGUACUGGGCUUCUUGGAUGUGUAGUAGAAGGAAAGAUAUUUGUGCUCGGAUUAUAUGAAGAUCGUAUAAGACAGCGAGUGGAGUGGGUUGAGCACGGUCAACUGGAAGCUGAACAUCGCUACUUUUUCGUGCAGCAUCUCGUAACAAGUAUUAUGAAAGCAGUGCCUAAGAUCUACGAUUGCUCAUCUUUCGACUCUUAUGUCAACGGGGAGUACUUGCCCAUUAUUCUCAUCGAGACGCAGGCUGCGUCGACUGCUCCCACAAAUCCGGGCGGCCCACCACAACAGCUUGACAUACCGUUCCUUGACUCGCUAUCUGAGCGUUGCAUGGAGAUUCUGUACCAAGAACAUCAUCUGCGAGUAUACUGCGUGAUGAUCACCGCCCCGAAUACUCUUCCACGGGUGAUAAAGAACGGCAGACGCGAAAUCGGCAACAUGCUUUGCCGAAGAGAAUUCGACAAUGGCUCCCUGCCCUGUGUUCACGUCAAGUUUGGCGUCGAAAGGUCCGUCCAGAAUAUUGCUUUGGGCGACGAUCCCGCUGGCGGGAUGUGGUCUUUUGAGGCAUCCAUGGCUCGUCAGCAAUUCCUCAUGUUGCAAGACAAGCAAUACUCAGGGGUGGAUCAUCGGGAAGUCGUUAUUGACGAUCGGACCUCGACGCCGCUCAACCAGUUCUCCAACAUCCAUGACCUCAUGCAAUGGCGUGUCUCGCGACAGGCCGAGGAGCUUGCUUACUGCACCGUCGAUGGCAGGGGCAAGGAAGGUAAAGGCGUCAACUGGAAGAAAUUCGACCAUAAGGUUGCAGGUGUUGCCAUGUACCUCAAGAAUAAGGUCAAGGUGCAGCCUGGCGACCACCUCCUCCUGAUGUACACACAUUCAGAAGACUUUGUCUACGCGAUUCAUGCGUGCUUUGUUCUAGGAGCUGUCGCGAUUCCGAUGGCCCCCAUUGAUCAGAACAGAUUGAACGAGGAUGCUCCCGCAUUGCUCCAUAUCAUUUCAGACUUUAGGGUCAAGGCCAUCUUAGUCAACGCGGACGUAGACCAUCUGUUGAAGGUCAAGCAGGUAUCACAGCACAUCAAACAAUCAGCAGUUAUUCUUAAGAUCAAUGUACCGCACACAUACAACACGACAAAGCCACCCAAACAAUCAAGUGGCUGUCGCGACCUGAAGUUAACGAUAAGGCCGGCUUGGGUGCAGUCUGGAUUUCCAGUCCUGGUCUGGACAUACUGGACGCCAGAUCAACGACGUAUUGCCGUGCAACUAGGACACAGCCAAAUCAUGGCGCUCUGUAAAGUCCAGAAGGAGACAUGCCAGAUGACGAGCACACGACCGGUUCUUGGAUGUGUACGAAGUACCAUUGGACUAGGCUUCAUACACACCUGCGUUAUGGGCAUCUUUCUCGCUGCCCCCACGUACCUCGUGUCACCUGUCGACUUUGCGCAAAAUCCCAACAUUCUUUUCCAGACAUUGUCGAGGUACAAAAUCAAGGAUGCGUACGCGACCAGUCAGAUGCUCGACCAUGCUAUUGCGCGUGGGGCUGGUAAGAGUAUGGGUCUGCACGAGCUGAAGAACCUUAUGAUUGCGACUGACGGUCGGCCGCGUGUUGAUGUUUACCAGAGAGUUCGUGUGCACUUUGCGCAGGCAAGCCUUGACAGGACGGCGAUUAACACCGUCUAUUCACACGUUCUCAACCCUAUGGUCGCUUCUCGAUCAUACAUGUGCAUUGAGCCGAUAGAGCUGCACCUCGACGUGAACGCUCUACGACGUGGCCUCAUCAUGCCUGUUGAUCCAGACAUUGAAUCGAACGCGUUAUUAGUCCAAGACUCCGGCAUGGUGCCCGUCAGUACACAGAUAUCAAUCGUCAACCCCGAGACCAACCAGCUUUGCCUCGUCGGCGAAUACGGCGAGAUAUGGGUGCAGUCUGAAGCCAAUGCCUAUGGCUUCUACGGCUCUACAGAACGCCUCGAUGCAGAGAGAUUCAAUGGCAGGACUAUUGAUGGUGAUCCGAACGUGCGGUAUGUACGGACAGGAGAUUUAGGAUUCUUACACAACGUCACACGACCCAUUGGACCCAAUGGCGCCCCUGUAGACAUGCAGGUUCUCUUUGUUUUGGGAAGCAUCGGCGACACAUUCGAAGUCAAUGGACUCAAUCACUUCUCGAUAGACAUUGAGCAGUCUGUCGAACGCUGUCACCGGAACAUUGUGCCAGGAGGCUGUGCCGUCUUCCAAGCCGGCGGUCUUGUCGUUAUCGUGGUGGAAAUCUUCCGCCGCAACUUCCUAGCCUCCAUGGUCCCGGUAAUCGUAAACGCCAUCCUGAACGAACAUCAGCUCGUCAUCGACAUUGUUGCCUUUGUGAUCAAAGGAGAUUUCCACCGCUCCCGCCUCGGUGAGAAGCAAAGAGGGAAGAUUCUUGCCGGGUGGGUGACGAGGAAGAUGAGAACGAUUGCGCAGUAUAGUAUUCGGGACCCGAAUAGUGAGCAAGAUGGUAUGGGAGUGGCGGGAAUGAUGAUUAGUGAGGAGCCAGUAGGUCGGUUGAGUAUGAGUGCGAGUGGCAUGCUGAGAGGGUCCGGCGGUCCGGCUAGCUUAAAAGGGAGCCUCGGGGCUGGCAGUAUACUUGGGAUGACUGCGCCGAUGAACAAUCUGGCGUUGCAGACGGGCGCGCAGGAGGUGCCUGGACAGCCUAUGCAGGCGUUGAAUUAUGCUCCACAGCAUGGGGCAUCUGAGAUAGCAGGCCAACAACCUUCGUACUACCCAGAGAGCAUACCGGGACUGGGUACGGAAACGCACGAUAUAAAUGACAGAACUCCUACGGAUGCAAGGCAUUCGUUCCUACAACGUCAGGAGCAAAAGGGGCCAAUGGACUACUCACCCAUCGAUCGGACGGGCGUCUUUGAAGACAACGAGCCUGGGACGUACCAAAACGCAUACCAUGAACAACAGUACGGCGUAGCUACUUCAGAAGCACCGCUACCGGAUAUCCUGCGCCCGGGGACAGCAGACACAUCGCAUGCAAGCACGUUUUACAGCGACAGCACACCCUACGAGUCGUACGCAGACAACCACGAUACCAGACAGCAACAGAACAGCGGAGACCGCUGGACUCUGCCCUCUCAAAGUGGAGGCACUGGAAAAGCUGGUGCGAACGAUUAUAGUGCCUACUAUGACAGCGGGAGCGGAAGGGCAGGAGGCGGUCUCCGAGUCGCGAACCGAGAUUCCAGCGACGACGAGAGCGCCGACGAGUCGUGGCGGCAGGACGCGCUGGCUGGGUUGAGUCUGGCUGGGCAAGAGCCGCAGCGUCACGCGCAGUAGUAGUAGUAGUAGGCCGGGCAGGAGUCAAGGAAUGUGAAGAACGAGGGAUUCGGAGGGCUCUAGAUGGUAGUGGUGGAGAUGGGGUGUUUCAUGUGAAGUGAGUGUCAUGUAUUGGUAAGGGCUUGGGAGCCGCCAACUAGCUGUAUGUAGAUUAGCGAGAUGAGAAAAGCGUUUCAUUAAGCUUUUUUGGACAGGUGUUGGUGGUGGAUACUAUACCAUUUUGUGUUUUCACGGGUGCCGUGUCUGUGUGGGGGGUGGGAUGUUUGGUGUUUGGAAGAAGCGUCACGCCCGACGGGUGGGUGGAUGGAUCGUUUGGAAGGAGGGCCAUGGCGGUGUGACCAGGAGUUGUUUGGUAGAGCUAGCAUGAACGAGAACCAAGGGCGGGCUUGCGAAACAGAAACGUUAUUGUUAUCACUUUGUAC